AUGAAUGAAACAACACGUGAACGGCGUGGUCAUACUGCAACGCUUUUUGAUAAAAAAUUGUAUAUUUUGGGUGGUUUCCCACUUGAAGAAAUUGGAAACGAAUUUUUUUAUAUCGAUUUUUCUGUCUCAUUUAAUACUCAAAAUUUAAAAGUGAAUGAUUUAACAAAUAUUAAUACUCUUUCUCCUCAUUAUAAUGCUGGAUCCGCGAUAGGUGGCACAAAUAAUGAUACGUUGUUUAUAUGUGGAGGCCUCAGUAAUGUCAAAUAUGCUACUAUGGAAUUAGUUAACACAUUUAAUCCACGAAGUAAUUCAUGGAGUAUUCCAAAAAUAGCAGGAGACAAACCAUUUCUUGUAGAUUGUGAUAUGACAACUAUAAACUAUGAUAUCUAUAUCUUGAGUGCAUUAGAUGUAUCUGAUAUUAAUAUUUUAGAUACAAUAAAUUUAGUUUGGAAAAAAGUAAAUCCGAUUGGUACACAAAAUAUUGGAGCGGCGAGUUCUUCCAUUUUAUUGCCUGAUAACAAGAUAAUUUAUAUAGAUAGUAGUAAUACCGGUAAUUUAGCAGAGGUUUAUAUAUAUGAUACAGUAAACAAUAAUUGGAGUAAGAAAACAACUACAGGUACGAUACCACCUAAAAAAGAUGGAGGAUCCGCUGUUCUUGGAUUAGAUGGUAAAAGAAUAAUCACCUUUGGAGGUUUUGUCUCUGCGACGCAAGAUCAACUUCAUGAAUUAAAUUUAAUAAAUUUUGAAUGGCGUAUCCCGAAAUCUUCUGGGUCAAUUCCAGCGUCCCGAAGUCAUCAUAAAGCAAAUGUAAUUGGAAAUUAUAUGGUAUUAUCAUUUGGAUCAGGUUAUAAGAAAAAUAAUGAAAAUGAUAUUCUGUUACUUGACAUCAGUAAUAUAAACGAAUAUAUAUGGACGAAUGAAUUUAAAUCUUUAUCAUCAGCCAAAUUAUUAGCAUUAGCAACACCAGCACCAGCAACAUCUUUAUCAUCAGCCAAAUUAUUAGCAUUAGCAACACCACCAGCACCAAUAGCAAUAACGGGAACUUCGUCAUUUUUAUCGCCAACUUCGUCAUCUUUAUCGCCAAAAGUUUCUUCGGUUUCUUCGGGAUAUAAUGACCAAAAUUCUAAUAAAAUUUCAACUGGCGUAACUGUAAUAUUGUUGAUUUGCGGUGGUGCAUUUAUCAUUGUAGUAUCCAUUUUACUUAGAAAAUGUAACAAUAGAAUGAAUAGAAUGAUAUAUGGAAGUAAUUAUACCAUACAAAUACCCGUUCCAGCUUCAUUAAUUAAUAAUGAUAUAAAUAGAAAUGUUGUUUAUUAUAAUCAAGCUAAUAGUAAUAAUUCUAAUCCUAGGCAAGAAAUAGUACAACAACCCGUAGCAAUUAAUAAUGUUAAUGAUAGAAGAAAUAGAAAUGAAGUACGGCAACCCAUAGUAAUUUAUGAUGUUAAUAAUAGAAGAAAUAGAAAUGAAGUACAACAACCCGUAGCAAUUAAUAAUGUUAAAGAUAGAAGAAAUAGAAAUGAAUUACAACAACCCGUAGUAAUUAAUAAUGUUAAAGAUAGAAGAAAUAGAAAUGAAAAUGGUGAUAAUAAUUAUCAAACCGAAAGAAAUAAUUAUUAUCCCGGACAGGAAAUUGUACAACAACCUGAAGUGAUAAAUAAUGAUAAUAGAAAUGAAAGUAAUUAUCACCCUGGACAAGAAAUAGUACAACCUCCCGCUCCAGCUUCAAUAAUUAAUACGAAUUAUAAUCACGGACGAGAAUCUGUUCCAAUUGCUAAUUAUGAAAUACAAAUACUUAAACAAGAAAUUCAAGAUUUGAAACAAAUAAUUUUACAAAAUAAUAAACAAUCUACUAGUUCUACGAGUAAUAAUUAAAUAUA